UUUAUUAAAUUAAAUAAUAUUAUAUAAGUUUCGAUUGAUAAUUUUAUUAAUAGCAAAAUUUAAAUUUUUUUUUUUGACGUAGAAAAUUAGGUUUAGACGUAGGGAUUCUCAAAAAUUAUGUGUAUACGACUGUUUAUGAGCUGUUCAAAAUCGAGCAUAUAAAAGGAUUUCCAUCAACAGUUAAAAAAUCAUUCUGUUACCAACUUCAGAAGGUUUCUGAAUUAAAAAAAGAAUAAAAAAUAAUAUUAUUUAUUCUAUAAAAUAAACAUUAAAAAAAAAAAAUAAAGUAAAAAUAUAAAAUGAGUCGAUUUUCUAUCUGUUCAGGAUUCUUAUUUUGCUGCAGUAUUAGUGCAUUAUUUUUAUUAAUAUGUCAAAAUCAAAUAAUGACAGCACAUGGAUUUUCACCAUUAGAUAAUCAAAAAGAUGAUACAACAAAUCAUGAUUCAAAUACAAUACGUUUGAAAUCAAAUACAAGAUCUGGAUUUGGAUAUUUACCACGUGUUCUACAAAUACCAUCAAGAUCAAAAUUACCAGUAGAAUUAGAUUUGUUAUUGGAUGGUGAUAAUGAAUUAAUGGAAAAAGCAAAACGAUAUGAUGAUUAUGGUCAUUUAAGAUUUGGUAAACGUGGUGGUAAUGGUGAUCAAUUUGAUGAUUAUGGACACAUGAGAUUUGGUAGAAGUGUUUAAGAAUAAAAUAGAAAUGAUGUUUUUCAUCAAUAUCUUUUUAAAAACAAAAUGGGUAAUAAAUAUAAUAUUUUAAUUAAGUAUUUAUUAUAUUUAUAAAUUUAUGUAUGCAAUAACGCAAGAAAAAAAUUUAAAAAAAAAUUAAGAAGGAAAAAAUUAUAUACGCAAAACUUUAUUUCAAAUUGAAUUAAAAAAACUACUGUAUACUAAUUAAUAAUAAUUAAAAAAUUUUUAAAUAAAAUGCAAUUAUUAUUAAAACAAAAAUAAUUAA